GAUGCGCGAAAGGGCGGAUUCCAUUUUAGCCCCUCAGCGGCAGUCGUGUUACGGGAGGAGCAAGCGGCGUGUUUCCGGAGCUGGGAGACGGGGCCGCUUAAGCGAGGCAAUGGAAGAAGAGUUUCGGGAAAUCGAUGGAGCCGGGACGUGGAACGCCAUUUAUCAGGAAAUUCGUCUGCAAUCAAGCGAGCUGCCGUGCAAAGUUGCCAAACUUUCUGAAAACAAAUCCAGGAAUCGGUACAGGGAUGUGAGCCCAUUCGACCACAGCAGGAUCCAUCUGCAGCUGGGUACAAAUGACUACAUCAAUGCCAGUCUGAUUACUGUCGAAGAAGCUCAAAGAAGCUACAUCCUGACUCAGGGGCCUCUGCCAAACACCUGUGGCCACUUCUGGGAGAUGGUGUGGGAGCAGGGCAGCAUUGGAGUGGUGAUGCUGAACCGCGUCAUCGAGAAAGGCUCGGUGAAAUGUGCCCAGUACUGGCCCUCACCGGAGGAGAAAGAGGCCCUGUUCCAUGACACCAGCUUGAAGCUCACCUUCAUCUCUGAGGACGUCAAGCACUAUUACACUGUGAGGCAGCUAGAGCUAAAGAAUCUGCUGACUGAGGAGACCAGAAAUAUCCUCCAUUUCCACUACACCACCUGGCCAGACUUCGGAGUACCGGAAUCCCCUGCCUCUUUCCUGAACUUUCUGCUGAAGGUUCGGGAAUCUGGCUGCCUGGACCCAGAUUGUGGGCCUGUGGUGGUUCACUGCAGUGCCGGCAUCGGCCGCUCAGGAACCUUCUGCCUCGUGGACACCUGCCUUCUCCUGAUGUCCAUGCGCGACAACCCGACGUCUGUGCGCAUCCGCGAAGUGCUGCUGGAGAUGCGCCGGUAUCGCAUGGGCCUCAUCCAAACGGCUGACCAGCUGCGUUUCUCCUACCUCGCCGUCAUCGAGGGCUCCCGCUGGAUAACGGGCGGCACCCCUGUGCAGGAGUCGUGGAAGUCGCUGUCAAAUGAGGACGCCCCCCCAGCGUGCACACCCGGCCUGCCCAGAUCGCCCCCACAUGUCCGGAACGGCACCAAUUCCUCCUUCUUCCCAGUAGAACUCAUACACGAUGGCUGUGUGCAGCAGCACAAUGACGACAACCGAACGCACAGUAGCCCCCCCCCGGAGCCGUUCGUGCGGCGGAGGCGUGGAUCUGAUGACAGCGUGCCGCCCCCGGUGCCCCCCCGCCCCAACCUGCCCGACGAGCCGGCGCCCAGUACCCCAAGGAACACGACGGCACCAGAGAAGCCUGACCACUCCCAGGGCUCCUGGACACCCCUUGUGGCCAAAGUGUGCCUGUGCGCCGUGGUCGCCAUGGGAGCCUAUAUCUGCUAUCGAACCUGGCUACACUGAUUUGAUUAGUUAGCGUGUAGCCGCAGUCUGCCCACCCCAGCAUGUGGAACUCAGUAAGGUGCUGACGGGGGGGGCACUUUGUUUCCUUUUUUAUUUUUUGAAAUGCAAAGUUUUGGAAAAGGGUGGGGGGGGGGAUUUAAGGGGCACCCCCCUCCCCCCAGUAGACUGCCCCCGUAGACUCAAUAAUAAGCUCAGGGGCCUCUUGUCAGGUACUGCAUCCCACCAAGGAACCAAAACAUUUUUGCAUCGUUUCUCGGAAAAGGCAGCUGUGUGAAUUUUCAUAUUAUAUAUAAAAUUCUGUGUAGGAUUAUAUACAUGAUAUGAUGGGUGUACGUAUGUAAUAUGAUGCAGUGACCAUAACCACACAGUUUACCGGGACACGUUCUUACAUUCGUGCUUCUGCUUUUCUGGGCUCCCCCUGCUUCUCCGUUUUCCUAUGCAGCCCCCCCGCUGUGUACAUGGUGACCGUGCAUCUCCCACCCUUCUGCACCAUAGAAUAAAAGUAUGGAAUUACAAUAAGCAACCAAAAAAAUGUAUCAAAAAAGCCAAAAGCUAUCAGACUUGUUUCUCCCCUCGGCUCCCCAGGUUCUGGUUGUAUUUUACCUGGGAUUAAGCUGAGACCUGAGACUGGCAAAGGAGAGAGCGCCCCCUCUUGGCAGCUUGUGCAGGCUGGGCCUGCUGUACAGUAGCCCAGAUUUUUUUAAAAUUAUUUUUAUUACUUUUCCUUCUCUUUCUUUUCAUGCAUACCGUCUGGGUGCUUAAUGUUCUCCAUUGAUUGAUAUCGCUUCCACAGGUCUCUGCAUAGGUGGUCUUGGAUUCCUGCUUGGUCAUUUAAAUUAAUUUUAUUAAAACACAUGUUAUGGUGCCCUGUCAUGUCUGCUGCACCGGGCAGGUUCUCUGACAGUAUUUGUCCCCUCAUGCCUAUGCCAAAGCCACUGCCUGCCCCAGCUUCUGAUGUCGCACUUGCACUUGGACUGUUUAAGUGGCUCCAUCUAGUGGAUGGGCAAGGGAUAGCACUUCCUUUCUCAGGGCAGCCGAUUUAUUUCAUACGUCAAUGCUGUGGGCGGCACUCAAGUCAUGUCAAGGAGUCUUUCAAUUACAUGGCAUCACUUCACUUGCUGUUCUUUCCCCCCCCCCCCCCCCCCCGUGCUUUAGACAGCAAUAAGAGCGUGUUGCAUCUUUUUCACCAUGCAAAGUACACCCUCCAGUCCGGAUGCCCUGGGGAGGCCGGGCCAACAAAACCAGUACCAGUCACCAGCAUAGUGGGGGACAAAUGGGAGGGCGGGGGUUGGUCAUUAACAAUUGCCUGGCUGAGUAGUCUUUGCUGGCGACAGUGGUAGUCUGCCAUUAAACAUAGAAGUUUUAUCCCAUUGGGGCUUGGUUUGGUAUCCUUGGAUGGGCACUGUUGGCUAACUGGCCACAGGAGAAGGACGGUAGGCGUGUCCCUCUGUUUUCCUCCAAUCAGGUUUUGCCAUGCUGGGUUUUGGGAAGGUGAAUUCUGGCUUGGGACAGCCCCAGCGGUUCGUCGCCUGUAUCUGUCAAAUUUCCAGUCCUCUUUAUAUAUGCUCACUGACUUAAAAUAAUAUUUUACCAGUAUUAUCAAUUAUCUUUUUAAAAAAAUAAUUAAAAUGAAAAAGAAUAGUGUUUUGUCACCUUUUUUUUUUCAGAUCGGAUACAUUUUUAAGAUUUUAUUUUCAGACUGAACGCUAAAUGUCACAUUAAUAAAUGUUGUCACAGAA